AUGGAUAAACCUUGGAUGAAUGCUAACUUAAAACAACUUAUAAAGAGACGACAAAAAGCCUUCUCCCCGGGUGACGUGUUUCUCUAUAAAUUGUUGCAAAACAAAGUUAACCGUGAGAGGAAAAGGUGUCGAAUGAUAUACUACAAGAACAAGGUACAAGAUCUACAGCAUACCAAACCCCGUGAUUGGUGUGAUUGGUGGCGAGAAGUAAAGCAGUUUUGUGGCACGUCUAAAGCAGCGAGAAGAGAUAUUCGGUCGAUAUUAAGAACAAAUACAGAGAGUAGUGAUCAAGAUCUGGCUAAUGAAAUUAUGAAAGCCUUUGCUAGU